UAUGAAAGUAAAAUCUGAUAUAAUUCUAUUUGAAAAGUCUAUCAAUGGAGUUUGCUAUAUUAGUUCUGAUUACAUCUCUAUACUCACUUGUUGCUGCAGAAUCACCAAAUUAUACCAAUUGCCUUGAAAAAUGCCUAUCUGACAGGAAAUAUCUGAGGCCAUAUUGUAAUACUGCAUGUUCAAAAAAUGCUGAUCCACAAUAUUUUUAUUGCAAUUUAGCUUGUGAACGACAUAAAGCCAAGAGUUCCAAAACUGCACGAUCAAUAAUCGAUAAAAUUGUAACAUCCAUUGAAUACGAAUUCUGUACUACUGACUGUAAUGACCCACACUAUAAUAGACAAAGAUGUGAAAAUGAUUGUGGCAGUGUUUCUGCUUUCAUUUCAAAGUGUUACAGAGUUUGUCGUGGCAAACAUACCAGCCUAGAUGCACUUUGUCUUUAUAAAUGUGAAUGGAAAGAGAAAAAUGGACUUAUAUCAGAUUAUAAUGAAUGUUCAAAUAACUGCAUUGAAGAAUAAUCAUAUGGAUAACCAUUUUUCGAAGAAAAAAAAAGAUUUAUAUAUUCAUAAUGAAUUUUCAUGAAUAACUUCUUGAAUAAAUCCAUUCAAUGUGUGAAUGUUUAAUGUUUAAUUAACCUUUCUAACUAUAAUUCACUGAUAAUGUUGUUUAUU